GCUUGGCACCCCCUAAGAACUGAGGAAUCUUAGGUCAAAGUUCAAGGUCAUUCUCGGCGGACCCUUUGGAUUCUCGUAAAAAUUGGUACAACUAUAGUCCAUGAAGAGCUGAUUUCAAAAAUAUCAGUUUCUUACUUUGGCAAGCAGCACGAACUGAUAUAUAGUAGGUCAAAGGUCAGAAUCAAGGUCACGUAUGUGUAAUACAGGAAGUGGAAGUGACCACGUGGCCAGGAUGCCGGCGGCGGCGACGACAGUGUGCCGGCGCACAUCUCUAUGGAGGUGGACACGGCGACCCGUGGGCGACCGCCGCUGCCGCGGUUUGCUACAGGUGGCCAUGGCCACUAAUCUGUCACGAACUUCUGACAGUGAACGCCAGUCGGUUCUCGGAUGUGAGGACGCGCCCGUCGAAUAAAGUGACGGAUAUGCACCGUGUGACAGUGUGCGUUUUCCGGGCGAGUUCGUUGCGCUGUGUGCCGUCCGCGCGCGUGACUGGUUCCACCCGUCGUUCCACCAGUUCUCAGUGCUGCAGCGCGCCGUGCGCGAUCUCAGUGCCGCCGCCGAGGAGACUGCGCCGCGAGCUGCCGCCCGAGGGCCUGCCGGCGCUGACCCGGCUGGAGCCGCUGGCUGACGGCGCGCUGUCGCUGUGUCCGCCGACCCUGCGCCGGCCGCGCUGGGAGGCCGAGCUGCUGACCCAACUGCAGCAGCUGGCGGUGGCCCUGGACGGCGCCUGCCCCCUGGUGUUGGAUGGCAGCUGCGGGAGCCACGUGACGCCGUCUGCGCUCUCGGCGCCAGGAGAGCUUGACGCUGCUGCGAGCACUACAGGGUUCCGCUUCGUGGACCGCAUCGGUCCCGCACAGCUAGUCAAGGACAUGGAGCGCUUUGCCGUCGGCUUCGAGCCGUGCCUGACCGUGCACUACCAGGCCGCUAGCGGCACCAAGUUCUGUUCGGCCGGGCCUCGUGUAAUGCCCACAUGUGAUGACCGAGUGUAUACGCAUGUGAAGCCGCUCCGCGUGUGUGCCAGCGCUGGGCGUGUUCAGUUUCAAAGUAAAUAUAGAACCCUGGUGAUCAAGCUACAGUUUUUGACGAGAAAUAGAGCGCGAAAAUCUAGGAGCCCCAGCGUGGAGUGA